UCCGCCGUUACGUUACGUACUGACGUCUGACGUCAGCUGGCCGAAUGUUUACAUCCAGGCAGCAGUGGUGUGUUUCUCCCUGGAUCUCCACAACAACAAAAGGCUGAACACACGGAAACCCGCGGCUUCAGAAAACACCAGUCUGCGUUUUCACAAGUCAACAUGGGCGGAGCUGUCAGUGCCGGAGAGGACAAUGACGACUUGAUUGACAACCUGAAGGAGGCGUACUACAUCCGCUCAGACCUGGUGGAGCGGGCCUUCAGAGCCAUCGACCGCGCUGACUAUUACCUGGACGAGUACCGGGACAACGCCUACAAGGACUUGGCGUGGCGGCAUGGGAACAUCCACCUGUCGGCUCCCUGUAUCUACUCUGAGGUGAUGGAGGCUCUGGACCUCUGCCCCGGACUCUCCUUCCUCAACCUGGGCAGUGGCACCGGGUACCUCAGCACCAUGGUCGGCCUCAUACUGGGACCCUUCGGAGUGAACCAUGGGAUCGAGCUCCAUGCUGAUGUGAUUGAGUAUGCGUACCAGAAGCUCGACUCCUUCAUCAAAACAAGCGACAGCUUCGACAAGUUUGAGUUCUGUGAGCCCUCCUUCGUGGUGGGGAACUGUCUGGAGGUUCCUCCGGAGAGCCGUCAGUACGACCGGGUGUACUGUGGGGCGGGGGUGCAGAAGGAGCAUGAGGACUACAUGAAGAACCUGCUGAAGGUGGGGGGCAUCCUGGUGAUGCCUCUGGAGGAGAAGCUGACCAAGAUCACCCGCACAGGGCCGAACAGCUGGGAGACCAAAAAGAUCAUCUCUGUAUCCUUCGCCCCUCUGGCGCUGCCCAAACACAGCACCAAUGGAAAACCCAAGACUGUCCCACUGCCCAAGUACGAGGUACGCACGUUGCAGGAGCUGGCUCGUAUCUGCAUCCGCCACACCCUGAGAGUGACCACGGACGGACGGGACAGCCUAUCACGCGGCAGAGGGUCCUCGUUCUCCGUGGGCAGGGGCCUGGCGGUCGCUGGGCUCCAUAAGUACGGCCCCCGCUUCAAGCGCAGGCGCGUCCACAGGCGCCGCUGCAACGCGCUGGUCCUGGCCACCAGGCAGGUGGUGGCCAGCAGCGGCAUCGCCUCCCCCCCCCUGGACAGCAACAACAACCAGGGGGGAGGAGCCGAGGACGAGGAGGAGGCGGGAGAGAGGGAGGCCCAGCAGCAGAUGAGAGGGAGCAGGAGGGCGGGGAGAGGAGCGGGGGCCGUGGUGGAGGAGGAGGAGACUGUGGAGGAAGAGGACGAGGAGGAGGAGGAGCAGCAGGAGGGGGAGGAAGAGGAGAAGGAGACCGGGGAGCUGCUGCGACCCCAGCCCCCCGUCAACCUCCUAAGAGAGAGGAUCCUCGGCCUGCCGCUGCCCGAGCCCCUCAAGAUGUACCUGCUGUACUACAGAGAGAAGUGAGGGGCCGGGGGCCACAUCGUAAAGAGAAGAGGACCCCUUACUGACCCCCGGUGUCCCGCUCACCUCCAUCAUCCAUUCUCUUCCCCUCCCUCUGUUCCCCGCUGUUUCUUUACUCCAUUCCCUGACACUGUAAAGAGGUCAAUGUGUCCUGUGGAGAGGUGGGUGGGGGGGGUUUAGUCUACUUGCCAGCAUUUUGAACCCAGAAAUGUUGAGUUCCCCAACGUUUUAUGUUAGAAAUGUAAAGUACAUGUCCUCAGCACACAGAAGCUGACAGACCUGCAUAUGUUGGGUAUUAGCACCAUUAGCAUACAUGGUGUCAAUGCAGAUAUGCAGACAGUAGCUAAAACAAUUCUUGGCCCAUUUGGACAAUUUUGGAGUGGUUUUGGGGGUUAUUGAGGAUGUUGAAUCAAUUUCUGACAUAUUCAGGAUAAAAAAUUGCAGUUUUAACCACAAAGUGGUGAUAUUUGUACUCCGGAUUUUCAAGUUUUGGAGGACCCAAAACUGCAAUUGUUUAUCCUGAAAAUGUCAGAGUUGAUUCAACCUUCUUCAAUAACCUCCAAAAUCACUUCAAGAAUGUCCAAAUCGGCCAAGACAUUUUAAGCAUCAGGCAGUUUCUAUGUGCUGGGGACCCUACUAUACAUUUCUAACAUAAAACUUUGGGGUACUCAACAUUUCAGGGUUCACAACAGGACUCUAUGAGCUGGUAAAUAGACCAGGAGGCGAGGGUGGAGGGGCAAUACAACCAAACAGUCACUAACACCUAUAGAUGUAAAUACACAAAUCAUUACCAAUUUGCUCUGUAUAUUCUGACCAAACCCUGCAUAACAACAGCUUCCCAGAGGGUCCCUCAGACAGGGGGCUCCUCCCAUCGACAGCCCUAGUUUAGAGGUCAUACACUGACUGUGUGGAAGCUGGUGGUCUGCAUGACGUGGUGUGUAUUCAUGAGGAAGGGGUAUAGUUUGAAAAGGAAGACAUACUUUGUGAGGGAUGUGUAUUCUGAGAUUAUAUCGCAGCUUCAGCUAGUGACCAACAUAGUUCCACUGAUUCCCAAAUAAAAGGCGAGCGUUUAUUCCAUUACAUAUUUAACCGAGCUGCUUCUCAAAGGCCAAGUGUUGCUCAUCAUUUCAAGAUUUAUUAUGAGCUUUGUCCAUUAAAAUAAGUUUCCCUUUUUUCUAUGCAUAUAUUUGAUCGUAUGAGUUAAGUCUUCUUCUGACUUAUGGAGAAGAUUCUGAGCUCAAUCCUAACGUGUGUAUCCAAAUAGAAGUCUCAGUGCUUCUUUACAUCUCAUAAUAUUCUCUUACCCAAAAGAGAAUGACCGUAAAGGAUCACAUAGCUACUAAUAUUCCAAUUCACAUAAAUAAACCAGCAUGAUAAAACAUAACUAAUGUUUAUGAUGAUUGACAGUGUGCAGAUUUACGUUGCUGUGCUGUCAUGUUUGUUUUUUAGUCUUGUAUUUGAAUUUUUGAAUUUAAAGAGACUUGAAGUGUUGUGUACAUAUGAAAUGUCAUGUUAUAUGAAUCAUAAACACAUGAUAAGUAAAAGAAGCAUCUUCUCU